AUGGCUUCCACUACUGGCGGGCCUGUCCGCAAAAGAAUUGUUCAUCACCUUGGAUCACCCUUCACCACAAUUACCUGGCCAGAGAUAUCUCAAGAAGAUCAAGAUGACAUACUAGAGCUCCUCUGCGAGUAUCUCGGCCCAAUCGGCAAGCAUCGCCAGAGAUGUAUCAAAACUUCCAAAGGGAAACGAGCAGAAAAGAAAAGGAAACGUCAAGAGAAAGAUGAGGACAAAACCACUUUCCCAAUGGCAAUGGCCGCUAAUCUGCCAGUCAAGCCAGAGACUGCGUCGCAGGUGGAUGUUGGCUUCAAUUCCAUUACAAGAGGCUUUCAAAAUGCAAAUAACGAAACGAGUGUGGAUGGUGUUGUGGUAAAACGGCAGAGAUAUUCCAUGGUUUUUGUCUGUCGUGGCAACCAAUCUGCCGCGUUCAACAGCCAUUUUCCACAGAUGGUAGCCGCAUCUUCCGCUGAUGUCCAACCAGAGCACGCUACUCGAUUAAUAGGCUUCUCCAAGCCAUGCUCUAGCCGACUGAGCAGCUGUCUAGGACUAGCGCGCGUUUCAGCCGUGGCUAUCAAGAGUGACGCAGCGGGGUCAUGCGCGUUGUGGGAUCUGGUGAAGAAGUCUGUCAAGCCAGUGCAAUGCGAGUGGCUUGACGAGGCCAGGAGCCUGCAGUAUCGUCAAACCCAGAUAGUUUCUCUAGAAACCUCUGUUGGCUCCAAGAAAACCAAGGUGAGUCCUACACCUCUUGGUUCCCUUGCAAACUACUUCCAAAUGACAAAGAAGAUUGAAGUCUCCAAGGGAGCAAAAGCAAAGCUGGCAGACGCUAGAGCUUUAGCUAGGAGUUUCUCACAGACAAAACCUCCCAAGUCUAAAGGAAAUUCGAGGCCCAGGGCGCACUCCCAAGACCGAGAUGCACAGUUACGCGGUGCAGCCCGUGCGCAGUUGACACAGUCUAUCGUUCGACCCGGAGGCUUCAGCUCAACAUCGACGACGAGUCACAGGCAGCCACCUCGACAGUUUCACGCGCGACAGGAAAGCACGAUCUCUAUGGCUACGUGGCAGGCGCGAAAAGAUGCUCCGUCCAUAACUGGCGGGCGAGGACUUGAUUUUCUGAGCCGAAAAGAUGCCUUGGUCAGCAUUCCAGAAGUCCAGCUGGCUGUGGCUCCCAGAGCUGAGUUGCCACCAACUUCGUCCCUUACUGGACAGUCCCAAUCCCUGGCCAACGCUGAAGCUCCCACUUCAGGGGUUGCGGGCUCAGUGCUUGACGAGUUUCUUUCGCUCAUGUCACAGCAGGAGAAAGAACUGGCAAAGGUUGAUCCUUUAAUCGACCAACUACAGCAAUGGCAUCUACAAUCUCCAGCUGAGGCGAAGUCCAAUACCGUAGCAUUGCCAACUGCGCCUCGAAUUCAUCCAUCGUUUACUGGUUGGAAGAAAGCAGAUGUCGAAGAAAUCCCGGCCGCUACGGUUCCAAUCACGCCGGUUGCUCAAAGCGGCCAGACAAAAGGCCAAAGUGGCCCUACCCAUGUAUCUGCUGUAGCUACGUCGAAUCAGCCCUCUCGGCUACCGUUGGAUGAGGUCAGCAAUUGCUUUUCCAAUCUUCGGGCAGAUGCAGGUCUUGCGAGCCUCGAAUCAUCAAAACCGGUAGUACGUCUACCACCCACAAUCCAGCAAAAAGAAAAUAUUCGACCGCCAUCGAAGGCGUUGGAGCAGCUUGCGAGGCCACCGAGAACGCCAGAGCCAGCUAAAUGUAAUUGCACACCAACUAUUAAGCCCCAAAAAGGACUCUCAGCAUCUCGUUUUGCAUCCGAAGAAACGGGAAACUCCUCAUUCGCAAACAAGUUCUCGGUCAACUUGCAGAUUGUUAUCCACCAGGAUUUCUGCCCCAUGUCUGAGCGGCGCGAAUCAGCACAACAGGCGCUACGGGCUCAAGCAGAGCCGUUCACCCCGAGAUUCUAA